AUGACUCGUGUGAUCCGUGAUGCGUUCGACUGUACUACAGUUAUUUGUGCUAACCAAGCGGAUGGAUAUUUCGUUGUACCAAAAUUCGACAAAAUUGCUGCUGGCAUCUGCAUUGGUCUUUGGUUCGUCAUGCAAUCUUGCGGUACGAACGUUGAAGUGUAA